AUCUCGAGAUAAAGGUGCUGCAGAAGAACAUCAAUUGUUGAUUUCUUGAUAUUAACGGAUCUUAAAAAUUGGAUUAAAUUGUAAAGGGGAUUAGCUUUAGUAAUAAAGGUAGGGGGGUUCAUUAAUUGACCAAUUGAUGGGCUUAUAGUGUAAUGUUUGCUUAGAGUAAUCAGAUUUUGGGAGAUGGAUGGUUGAGCAGGCACAUGGCUCAUGGGAAGGGGAAGCGGCUGAUGUUUCUUAGUGGGGUUGGCAAGAUGAAUUUGGGGUUUUCUUAGGGUGGGUAAGGUUUUAUUUUCUUUUUCUCUUUCUCUUUCUCUCUCUAGAAUUCAUUUUGCAUCUCAUAAUAUGCAUUUGGUAAUGCAUAUCCAAACUUCAUUUCUACUUCCUCGUAUGGAGCAUGUGGAGUGUAUUGUGUUGAAAAUUUGAAUAUGUUGAAUAUGUUUUCCCAUACGCUACUAUCAUAUGUUUUAUAUACUUAAAUUUCUCCGCCAACCAAGAUUUCCCAACAACAGUCUACUCUCCUUUCAUCUCAAAAACAAAAAUGCGAAAUUCAGCGGCGAAACUCCCACCUCGCCGCCUGAAACUCCUCCUCAUACUCCUCUUCACAACCUCCACUUUCUACCUCCUUAACCGUCACCACAUCCUCCUUAACCUCCACUGCCCAUCUCCCCCCACCACAACUUCCGAUCUCUUCCUCCACACCUCCCUCUCCUCCACCCCACCACCCGCCACAACUCUCCGCCACCUCUUCUUCUCCGUCGCAUCCUCCGCCUCUUCCUUCUCUCGCCGCCUCCCCUUCCUCUCACUUUGGUACUCCCCCAACACCACCCGCGCCCUCCUAUUUCUCGACAAACCUCCUCUCUCUCCUCCCCCUCUCCCCUUCUUCGUCUCCUCCGACACCUCUCGGUUUCCCUACUCCUUCCCCCGUGGUCAUCGCUCUGCUGUUCGUGUUGCUCGUAUUGUUAAGGAAGUCUUUGAUCGCGGCGAAAGUGAUGUCAGGUGGUUUGUUUUUGGGGAUGAUGACACUGUUUUUGUUCCUGAGAAUUUGGUGGGUGUUUUGUCUAAGUAUGAUCAUGAAAAGUGGUAUUACAUUGGGAGUAAUUCCGAGAGUUCGGAGCAGAAUUUAAGGAUGACUUUUGGGAUGGCUUAUGGUGGGGGUGGGUUUGCUAUUAGUUCUCCUUUAGCUAGGGUUUUGAGUAGGGUUUUGGAUUCUUGUUUGAUGCGUUACCCUCACUUGUAUGGGAGUGAUCAUCGGAUUUCGUCUUGUAUUUACGAGCUUGGUAUCGAGUUAACUCGAGAACCCGGGUUUCAUCAGCUUGAUGUCAGAGGAGACUUGUUUGGUUUGCUUACUGCUCAUCCAUUGUCACCUUUAAUAUCUCUUCAUCAUUUGGAGAUUGUGGAGCCUAUUUUCCCUCGCAAGAACCAGACAGAGGCAGUACAACACCUUUUCAAGGCUGUGCGUGCUGAUCCUAGUAGAAUUUUGCAGCAAACAGUUUGCUAUGAUCAUUCAAGUAAUUUGACUGUUUCAGUUGCUUGGGGCUAUGCUGUUCAAGUAUUUGAAGGCCAUCUACUUCUCCCAGAUAUUCUUGCUGCACAGAGAUCUUUUACACCUUGGAGAAGGCGUGGCAUCAAUAUACCAAGCCAAUAUGUAUUUGACACGAGGGACUAUCCUCAGGAUCCAUGUAAAAGACCUGUGGUCUUCUUUUUGGAAGAUGUUGCUUCCGGGACCGGAAGAGUCUGGAGCAAAUAUAGGCGGAAUAAUUCUCAUAGCUGCUCUAAACCUGAUGCUAUUGAGAACCUAAAAGACGUGAAAGUGUUUUCCAAAAAGCUACAGCACAAUGCUGGACUGGCGAUGGCACCCCGUCGUGAUUGCUGUGACAUAAUACAUCCGUUUAAGAAAUCAAUGGUCAUUGACAUCAGGCAUUGUGGUGUUAAUGAGUUGAUUGCCAUGAAUCCUUAGCACCAGGAGCGCUGAUGAGUAGCUUGUUCCUUGUGUUGAAGUUCUGGUGAUGGAAAUCAUGUAUAGCUGCUUUGUGACAUACUGUUUGGUUGCAUCAUCAAGGUUUGCACCUUUUGUCCUGCUUAAUUCAGAUUCCAACCAUUAGCCCAAAUGAAGGUGGUGUUGGUGCCAAUGUUGGCUCCGUUCACAUAAUAAUUGAUUCUGCCACCUGCUGUUAUGGUGUAUAUUAGGAGCUGAAGCCUUCAUAGCUAUUUUAGAAGUCUGCAACACGGCACCGAUAUAGGAAUUUCAGUUUUUUUUUUUUUUUUUAUUAUUAUUUUUUUAUUUUAUGUACUCCCUUGUAUGUCUUGUUGAAGGUAAAUUUUAGUAGGAGACGGGUUUAUGCCAUUAGACUGAAAGUGCCGUCUCAUUUAUCAACGAAAUUUAACAUGUAUAUUUUUAUUAAUAGUCGCCCUUGUCUUGCCAAACAAUCAUUUAUUCUGUUAAUAUUUUCCCAAAUCUGAUUAUGAUGUAGAUACAUGUGAUCACCAUUACAAUGGCUUGUUGAUGUAUGUAGUUUGUCGAA